AUGGCCUCCCGCUCAGGCUACGGCGGCCGCGACGGCGACGGCGACUCGUACCGUCCGAGCCGCCAGCGCUCCCGCUCGCGCUCGCCUCCUCGCUUCACAGGAAACGCCAACUCCCGCUACCGCGACCGGGAAUUCGGAUUCGAGCAUCCGCGCCACCUCCCACCGCGCACCCGCGACACAGAGCCCGAUCGCGGCUCAAGACAGGGUGGCGGUGGUGCUGGUGGAGGCAGGGAUAGCUUUCGUCCGGGAGGACGCGGUGGUCGUGGUGGUCCUGCGGGUGGUCGUGGUGGCUACCAGGGGAAAAAACCUGAUUUUAAGAAAUGGGUUCCGCUCCCUGCCCACGACCGCCCCAUCCUCAAUUUCGACUACAAGGAAAAGACGCCCGAGCUCAUGGAGGGGAUGGUCACCGGUGGCUUUGAGAUUGAUCUCAGUGGCGAGGAUCCCGCUGAGGAAAAAAUUGAAGGGGUCGAAGGUUCUCAUGAUGAUGAGGUGAAGUCCGCCACUGGAAACAAAAUACCGACACCAGCAACACCAGCGCCAUCCGCAGCACCAGCAACAGAGGGUGCUGUGAGUGUGUCGGAUGUACAGGUCCUCCCAAUAGGAGACAAGCUGCUGGAGGUUGUUGAAGGCAAGGAGUUUGUGGAAGUGGACAAGAAACGUGUCGACGUUAUUACCAUGAUCAGACAAGCAAAGAAGGCGGCGGCAGACCAGGCGAAGAAGACAGACCGCGUGGCAGCGAAUGAUGAUUUCAUAUCGCUGGAUUUCGGCGAAGAGAAGAAGAAGGAGGCAACUCCAGAGUCGGAUUUCAGUGAUCAAGGGGAUUACAGGAAGAAACGGAGGUUGAAUGAUAGCACCGUCGGGGCUCCAGAUUCUCCUGUCGAUGUGCCAGGUAGCCGUCCAUUCUCUCAUAGGGAGCGCCUCCAUGGCCCGUAUGUGUCACAGCAGCCGGUUGAUGAUGCACCUCCAGGAGUGGGCCCGCUGUCGAGAGGUCAAAAACUAGGUGCUCCCCCAGGACCCAGUAAAGAUGUGCGCAAGGCUCUCAACAGGAAACGGAAAAAUCGGUGGGGCGAAGAUGUUGACUCUGAUAACUACAACGAUUAUCAGGAGGAUGAUAGCUACGAUCCCGAAGCACUGGACGUUGGUGAAGAUGAACAGGAUCUUCCAAAGAGUAGGAAGAGAAAACAUCAUGAUAUAUCCAGAGGGAAUCGGAACCCUGAUGGUAAUGUCAAGUAUGAGAUGCGCGCCAAGCCUGGUGUCAAUCCGUUCCCUUGGAUGACUGGGGCCCAAGAUCACUCAAGAUCACUCAAGAUGUCUAUGUGGCUUCACAUGGAGAUCGUCGACUUCAUCGAGUACAUUAGACCGCGGCCGUACGAACACGCAGUCCGUCGAUACGUGAUACAGAGUCUCCGCAGCUUGAUAAACACCCUCAGCCACGACACCGAUGUACGGGUGUUUGGCUCAUUCGCGGCGGAGUUGUAUCUCCCUACUUCGGACAUUGACUUGGUCGUCAUAUCGCGCGACUAUGCGCUGCGCGAUGUGCCCAAGUAUGACACCAAAGGAUUCCUCUACAGGGUUGCCACUGCAAUUAGAAAUGCUGGCAUUGCAGAAAAUGGAACUGUAACUUGUCUCACCAAGGCAAAGGUUCCCCUUGUGAAAUACAUCGACGCUGCUACGGGGCUUGCUGUUGACCUCUCGUUCGAGAACAAAUCUGGGCUUGUGGCAAAUGACACGUUCAGGAACUGGCGCGAUAAGUAUGCUUGUCUUCCGAUCUUGCUCACGCUCGUCAAGCAGUUCCUGGCGAUGAGAGGUUUGAAUGAAGUGUAUCAGGGUGGAGUUGGCUCGUUUACUCUAACUUGUCUCAUCAUCUCACUCAUACAGCAGCUCCCCUCUGUGGCCAGUGGCGAGGUGGACCCGUCUACAAACCUGGGGGUCAUCCUUCUCGAGUUCCUAGAACUAUACGGAAAGCGCUUCAAGACCACUCGCAUCGGCAUCCGUGUCGACGAGCAAAACCCUGGUUACUUUAAGAAAGCUGAGCUCCAACCUCCCCCCUAUGCCAAAGCCCAGGAUGAAACACUCCUCGUCAUCCAGGACCCCAACGUUCUGGAUAACAACAUCUCGCGCUCUUCUUUCUGCGUUCCCACGGUGCUCGCUUGCUUCGGCGAAGCCUAUGACGCACUCACAGAGCAGAUGUCGAAUCUGGCAGCGAGGGACUUUGAUUCCCGCAAGGGGCGCACCCUCCUCGGUCUCUUGAUUGGCGGUGAUUACACCGAGAUCGAGGACCAGCGUGAGAGGCUCAGGCGCGUCUACAUUGAGCGAAUCGGCUCCGAUCAGGAUCUGAGGGUGCUCAAAGCGGGCGACUCGCUUCCGCCGCCGCCUCCACCCCCUUUGCCGCCUGGACCUCCGCCUCCUUCUCCGCCUCCUCCUCCGUCGCGCAGGAACGAGAGGGGUCGAGGUGGCGGAAGGGGUGGUGCCGGCGGCAUCAGGAGGGGAGGAGGAGGACCCGGCAAUACCAGGAGACAGGCCGUAGAUCUUGAUCAGUACGAAGACGCCUUCGAGAGGAUGCGCAGCAACGGCGGAGGUCGUGGAGGACGAAAUGGCGGCGGCGGUGGUGGUAGCAGAGGCGGCAGGAACAACCCCAUUGCACUCGAUUAG